AUGGAGCAGCUCGACAAAGACCGCAUCCGGCAAGCGAAUAAGGCGCAGGGAGAGCUGGAAAAGAAGAUAAGGCAGAGCAAAAGUCUUCUUAAAAGAAAAUUAGAAGAUAAAUAUGAAGAGGAAGAGGGGGAAAACCCAUCAUAUGCAGCAGGAGUUCAAGAGGAGUACCAUGUCGGCCAGAGCAUUUUAGUAGAUAUACCCCAGUUCGGUGCUGUCCGUGACCUGCCUCUGGAUUAUAUGCACCUCGUUUGCUUAGGCGUCGUUAAAAACAAUUUGAAUUUGUGGGCUACUGAGCUCAGGCUUUUUUUACUGUAUGCUGGCCCAGUUGUUUUGGCCAAAGUAAAAGAGUUUAGGCCAGACAUUUCUGAGCAUUUUAUCAACUUAAGCAUUGCAAUGGAUUUGGUCUUGAACCCCAUCACUUGUAAGGAUUAUAAGGACUAUGUAUCAUCACCGUUAGAGAUCUUUGUAAAUAACUUUAAAAAGCUCUACGGCAAUCAUUUAAUUUCACAUAACAUCCAUGGACUUCUUCACAUAGCUGAUGAUGUAAUAACAUUUGGUGCCUUAGAUAACUGCAGUGCCUUUCCUUUUGAAAAUGUUAAGCUAACUUUGAAAGUCUUUCAUGAGAAAACAUAA